AUGAAUCCUACGCAAAAGGUUAUCACCGACACCAACAAGUCUCCGCUAGUCCAGGUCUUAACCUUGAUGUUCCUCGUCAUCGCUCUUCUCGCAUGCUCUGUCCGUACGGGAACCAAGAUCCGCAUGAUCAAAACCCUGAGGGCCGAUGAUAUCCUCACCAUUGUUGCAAGUGUCCUUGCAAUCGGCCAGUCCAUCGCUGUGUUCGCGGGAUGUGAUAAUGGACUGGGGCGGCAUUUCAACACGUUGAACUCCCGCGAAAUAGACACAUUCUUCAAGAGCCAAUACGCGGCCAACAUCAUGUUCAUUACCUCUCUUUUCUGUUGCAAGCUAUCAGGCAUCGUCGGUCUCCGGAUUAUGAGCCGGGAAGGCCAGAAAUGGAUCAUUUUUGGCUGUGAGGCUGUCGUCGGCGGGUGGGGAUUCACUGCGCUCGUUGUCAACCUCUUCCAGUGCCGACUGCCUACGCCGUGGAGGUACGCUGACGACAAAGACUGCAUCAACCGAACUGCUUUCUGGACUUACUAUUCCCUCACAAAUAUUGCCUCGGACAUUGCUAUUGUUGUCAUCAUGUGCGAAAGCGUUCUGAAAAUCCAAACAUCAUGGUCCAAGAAGGCUUUGGUGAUGGGUGUUUUUGGCAGCCGUAUCCUUGUUACGCCCGCAAUUGCGGUUCAAAUCUAUUUUUCCAACAAGGCCUUUGGUGCCACCGAUUUCACUUUCUCGAUCUGGAAAGCCGCUAUCGCUUUACAGCUAGUCCAGUGUCUCUCCAUCCUCACCGUUUGCAUUCCCAGCUUCAAGCCCUUUCUCGACAGCGUGGAAUCCGGCCAGAUCCGUAUGGAUGACCUUCGGCGACAGGGCAAGACUAGCACCAACGGCUACCCGAGUGGGAGGCCGGGGUGCAGUGGAAACAAGUCAAGCGGGAGCACCCCUCUAGGCACUAGGUCACGACCGUUCAGGUUGAUCGAGGAGGCUAUUACGACUGAAUCACAGCAUAGCCAAGUAUUCGAGUUGGCUGACUUCUCUAAGCCAAACUCACGAGGGGCUGUAAAAACAACGACGGAGCAGCAGGGUGCUGCUUCGGAGGGGCAAAGCCGCCGCACGAGCCACUCAAGUCAGUCAAUUCUCAUCCUCCAGACAUGGCAAGUGGAAGUGCGGGGCAUGCACGAAAGAGCCCUUGGGGAAGAUUGA